UCCCUUUCCCUAUCUCAUCUCAAAGGAAAAAACUGAACCUAAUUCCCCUACUUUUACUCAUCCUAAUUUUUGGGAAGCAAAUGAAUAUGCAGCAAGAGGAAGAGGUCAAAUCAUCCCGAUCCGAUACGGAGUUCACCGACACGGUGUUCAACUGUGUUGUUCCGUACAUUCACGACAGCCGUGACCGGAGCUCCGUGUCGUUGGUCUGUCGGAAAUGGUGCGAGCUAGACGGAGCAACACGGAAACAUGUGACUAUUGGUAUGUGUUACUCGACAACCCCGUCUCGUUUAGUACAUCGUUUUCCUUUGUUAGAAUCGUUGACUAUUAAAGGCAAACCUCGUGCUGCUAUGUUUGACCUUAUACCCGAGAAUUGGGGCGGGUUUGUUACUCCAUGGGUGUUAGAAAUUAGUAGGUCUUUGACUUGUCUGAGAAGUGUUCAUUUUAGACGGAUGAUUGUUAAAGAUUCUGAUCUCGAAUUGUUGACUAGGAGUCGGGGAAAUGAGCUUCGGGUUUUGAAGCUCGAUCUGUGUUCUGGGUUUUCGACGGAUGGGUUGUUGCAUAUUGGUAGGGUGUGUAGUAAUUUGAGGGAAUUGUAUUUGCAAGAAAGUUUGAUUGUGGAGAAAGAUGGGGAUUGGUUACAUGAAUUAGCUAUGCGUAAUAUGGUUUUGGAGUCUUUGAAUUUUUAUAUGACUGAACUUGUUAAGUUUGAUUAUAAAGAUUUAAAGCUUAUUGCGAAAAAUUGUUGUCAGAGUUUGGUGUCUGUUAAGAUUAGUGAUUGUGAUGUUACGGAUCUUGUGGAUUUCUUUAGCUAUGCUGUUAACUUAGAAAAGUUUGGUGGCGGGGCGUUUGGUAACCAAGCAGAGAAAUAUAUUGGGAUGAAGUUUCCCCCGCGUUUGAGAAGCAUGGCGUUGAAUUACAUUAGUCAACCCGAAAUUCCAGUUGUGCUGCCUAUUGCUUCUCGAAUAACAGAACUUGAUCUUCUUUAUGCAAUGAUUGAUACAGAUGGUCAUUGCUUUUUGGUUCAAAGGUGUCCUAAUUUGGUAGUACUUGAUACAAGGGAUGCGAUUGGGGAUGUGGGAUUACAAGUUCUUGGUCACUUUUGCAAGAAAUUGCGAAGGAUUAAGAUUGAAAGAGGUGAUGAUGAAGAGGGGUUUGUUUCGCAAAGAGGGCUGAUUGAUCUGGCACAAGGAUGUGUCGAGUUAGAAUGCUUACAUGUAAAUCUCACUGAUAUUACAAAUGAAGCUUUGUAUUGUGUAGGAACUCACUUGAAAAACCUGUAUGAUUUUCGUAUGAUUUUACUUGAUAAAGAAGUUACAAUUACAGAAUUACCACUAGAUAAUGGAAUUCGGGCUUUGUUGAGUGGGUGUAGCAAGAUAGAAAGGUUAGGUGUUUAUCUUAGGCCUGGGGGAUUGACUGAUGUCGGUUUGGGCUAUAUUGGACAAUAUGCUGAAAAUGUGGAAUAUAUGCUUCUUGGUUUUACUGGGGAAACUGAUGCAGGGUUCAUAGAGUUAUCAAAAGGGUGUCCAAAAUUGCAGAAACUUGAAAUGAGAGGCUGUGGUUUCAGUGAGCAAGCACUUGCUACUUUUGUGCUAAAUGUAGCUUCUUUGAGGUACUUGUGGAUUCAGGGUUACCAUGCCAGUGAAAAUUGUAGUGGUUUAAUGGACAUGGCUCGUCCAUUUUGGAAUAUGGAGUUAAUUAGUUCUAAAACCGAAAGGCAUGAAGAUGUACCCCAGAAUCCAGAGCAGCAGCAACCACCAUCUUUGCUUGCAUAUUACUCGCUUGCUGGACAAAGAACGGAUUUUCCAGAGGCUGUUCUUCCCCUGCACCCACCUUUAAAUGUUCAGUAACAAAUUCAUCUUGUUGAUGUGCUGCAUCAGAUCUGUUCACUUCAUACUGCAAGCAGCAAAGUCAUUGAUCAUCGAGUUGGAUAUCCGAUAGACAGCCUUAUAGCAGGAUCAGAUUUGAAUAAGCUCAUAGUGAACAUGGCUACUUUGAACGUGUCAAAUAAUACUUUUAAUAUGAUGGCGUAAAAGGCACGCCAUGAUCCCAUUAAGGUUUUCUUUGUUUGGGGGUUUGUUCCUUUACUUUCCAUAAAGUUCAACUUUUUAAUUUUGUUUUUCUUUUGUUUCCUGUCUCAUUCAGAUCAAUAUGUAACCAAUAUAUACUCAACUUGAUUAUAAUAAUGUUGAUCUUUGCACA